AUGUCUGAGAUGGUGCCCGUCGCUCUAGCGGACCGGGUUCUACCGUCCAUGGAGAAACCUCCCCCCCAAAAAAGGGGCAAGAAGCCGGUUGGUUUGACAGGUGAAAGUCGCAAGACCACAAACGCCUCAUUGUCCAAGUUGAUCAUCGAGGCCCUUUCCAUUUCUCAAGAGAGAGCUGGCAUAUCUGUGGUAGCGCUGAAAAAGGCGCUAGCAGCCGUGGGCUAUGACGUGGAGAAGAACAACAGCCGCAUCAAGCUGGGUCUCAAGAGACUGGUUAGCAAAGGAAUUCUGGUGCAGACCAGGGGUACCGGUGCUUCCGGCUCUUUCAAGCUCAGCAAGAAGGUUGCUGCUGAGCCCACCCAGGGAAAGGUCAAGAAGCCUGCUUCUACCAAGACGAAGAAGCAGGUCUUGGCCGGAGAGUCCAAAUCUCCGCAGAAAGCUAAGACCAAAAAAAGAGCAAAGACGCCGAGGAUAACAAUGGCAGAGAAAGCAGGUACGAGUGACAGAAAAGUUAAAGGCGCCAAGGGCAAACAACAACGGCAAAGUCCAGCGAAGACCAGAGCAGGGAAGCCCAAGGCUGGGAAUUCUAAACUGACCCAGCAGAAGACUAAUCCUAGGAAAGCAACAACCAAGAAGUAA